AUCAGUAUCAUUAUACGCUGUCAAGACAAACAGCAGGCUAAGGCAUUACUCUUUCUCCGAGAAAAAGGGACAUAUUUCACCAGCAUCCAGAAGAGAAAAUGGCAGACCACCAGAAGUUCGUUCUCACCAGCUGCUGCUGUGGGUGUUCUCUCAGAACAGGAGCUCUCAUCAUCGCCAUUCUCAGCCUGGUACUGAGCAUCAUAGGCUUAGGGCUUGGCAUCUUCGCUGGAGUAAUUGGUCUUCUGGAAGGAUGGGUGGAUGUUGCCAUCGACGUGGUCAACAUCAUCCUGGCUGCCAUCCUCAUCCAUGGCAUUAGGACCGAGCAACGCCGCUUCGUCCUCGCCUGGGUGUGGACAACGAUCGUCACGAUCAUCCUAACCGUCAUCCUGGGCAUCUUCGUCAUCCUUCUGUCCUCAUCCGUCACGGCAGCCAUUAUCCUCUUCAUCUUUGCCGCCAUCCAGGCCUACUUCAUCCUAGUCGUCUGGUCAUACGCCGUGUCGCUGGAGACGCCAGAACUGCCAGUAACGCGCCAAUCGACGUUGCAGGCUUUGCAGCAGCAAUGACCGUUGGAAGACACAGUAUUUUCAGCAGACGCCGAAGAACUCUGUCAGUUUAUUUGUGCAACAAAUGAGUAGUUAUUGCCAAUCACAUUUUAGUUUUCUGCAUGUUUUAUUUAUUUCAUUCUUGAAUA